AUGUCCGUAGACAGCGUUACAUGCCAGCCUUCAAAGUGUUCUUUAAUUAGACUAAAACAUCCAAGAUCAGAUUUACCUUGUUUGUAUCUGUGGGAUGGUCAGUCUUCAGAGCUUUUUGAAAUUCAGAAAAUCGACGAAAAAUGUCGGUCUUGGAUGCUUGGUGAGAAUAUCAAAUCUGAUGGUGGGAUGUACGUUUGUAAUCGAAUUGAUCCCCUCUUCUUCUUCAUAUCAUUCUGCAGAAAAAAUGACAAGUUUAUUUCAUGGGAUGCUAUUUUGAGUGAAAUUGGUGGAUGUUUCGAUGUCUUCAGCAACAUUCCCAACAUGGAAAGUCGUCUUGAAGAAAUUUGUGACAAAAGGUGUAUUGGUAGUAUAUCUGUUUAUCGGUUAAAUGAAUCUAAGGCGAUCGAGUGGUUGUCGAAUAGAGUAUCUGCUGUUUAUAAGGCUUCCUACAACUGCAAGAAUCCUGUUUUAGUUUCUCAGCUUCGAUUAAUUGCUAGUAGUUCAUCUUCUGAUCAGUACGAUGGAAAAAGUGAAGAUUCACGGGUUCCAGAAUUUACUUCUAGUUCCAAAGAAGCUGAAACACUAUCAACCAAUCAAUUGUCACAUCAAACAUGUUUACAUUUAGCCUAUCAAUUAGUAGCUGAUUAUCUUUCACCUGAUUUAUACAUUAAGCUUCAAGAAAAAAUAGGAUUAAAAACGAUUGAAUUCAAUUUGUCGGAUAUGAGUUCCUCUGAAAAUAUUGAUCCUAUUGAUAAUAAAUUUAUCCAGAAGUCAUUUGAUUCGAAAAAUUAUCAACCCAAAGAAGACUAUUCUUCAGCAUUAAAGUUAAAUGAAUCAAAGAUCAAUGAGUCCACGAUAAAGAAAGCGAAAAUUCCAAAAGGACUUCUCAUCUGUCAUAACUGAAAUCUCAACAAAAUGGAACUCAAAUUAUUUAGAUCACUUAAUGUGUUUGAUAUACUUAAACCAUCGAAACAGCCUCUAGUGUUUGAUAUUCUAAACUUGAUUUGAUCGACUUUUUAUCGGCUUCUAAUAUCUAAUGAAUAUUAAUCUUUUCUACUACCACUGAUUCAGAUACUACUUCUGCUACUGCAGAAUAUGUCUUGAUUGUGAUGUAUUUCGACUGAUUGGUUUAUUAUUUUUAUCCACUGAACUUCAGUCUAAAUCAGAAG